AACAACUCUCCUCCUUCGCUUUUAUUAUUAUUUUUUCUCUAGUAAGAAAGCACGAAGCAAAAAAGUGAAGAGGGGAUUUGAGGAAGUGAAAUAUAUUUGUUUAUGUGGGUUUUUUGGUUGGAUUUUUAAGCUGGGUUUUGCUUGAAUUUAUAAUUAAGAGAGUGAAAGAAUAAUGGAGAGAGAUUUUCUGGGUUUGAAUUCAAAUGAACCACUGGCUGUGGUUAAGGAUGAUGUUAACACUGAUAAGUACAAAGAAAUAGGUUUUACUAAAAGCUCAGGGAUACAAUGGCCCUUUUCAAACAAAGUUUUCGCUGUUCCACAGCUGAUGAACUUUAAUUUUGCCCAAGGGGGUAAAACCAAAAAGACUGGAUAUGAUUCAAAAGUAUCCCCUCUCUUCAUGCCUAUAUCAACAAUGGAUGCUGCUGAACUUCAGAAAUCGUUCAAUCACAAUUGGAAUGGUGGGAAUCAUUUUUCAUUGACUGAUUCUCAUGUUCAACACAACACGAACAUGUUUCCGGCAUCAAACCAGACAAUAUCUGUUUCUGGGAGCGACCCAUUCGUGAAGAAUCAUUUCACUACCACUGGUCGAAACUUUCCUGCUAAUACUAUAAAACCACAAUUUUUUGGAGGGGUUCCAGUGACAACUCCACAUUCAGUUCUUCCCACCCUUGGCUCUGUUGGUGGAAGUGUUGAACCAUGCACCAAGGCCUCUGGAUCACCUGCUCAAUUGACUAUCUUUUAUGCGGGUGAAGUGAAUGUCUUUGAUGAUAUUACCCCUGAGAAGGCUCAAGCUAUCAUGUUUUUGGCUGGGAACGGGUCUUCCAUGGCUUCUAAUUCAGCUUAUCCAAAACCCCCGGUCCAGACUCCUAUUUUGAAACCAGUUCAAGUUGAUAGUGUGCCUGCGAACCAGCUCAUAAAUACACAACUGAGCUUCGGUAAGCCAAGCCCUUUACCUGUUUCAUCUCAUGCUGGUACGCAGUCUUGGAGUGGGUCCACUAGUACCGAAGAACAGAUAAUAUGCAAGGCCUCAGUACCUCCAACUCCAUCUACCCCUAUUAGCAAAUUGGAGAGUCCAAAUUUGGUGAAUACCAUGGGAUCUGAUGCUGCCACCGGCAUGAUGCCUUCUGUUCCACAGGCUCGCAAAGCUUCCUUGGCUCGGUUUUUGGAGAAGCGCAAAGGGAGGAUAAUGAGUACAGCAUCACCAUACAAUCUUAGCAAGAAGUCUCUAGAUUAUGCAACUACCAUGGAAUCGAAUGCAUAAACAAAGUUUAUGGCGAUCUCUGCAGCAACUAAGGAGGGGAAACUCCAUGAUUUAUGAUUUGGCAUUAGAAGGGAAUGAAUGCAGAGUUUAUGUUUGGCAUUUUGUUUCUCUAAUGAAAAAAUAUAUGUAAUGUUGACUAUGCUUGAUUACCAUCAACUAGAGUUUAAUCAGUAGGUGGUGGUUUAAGGUUAUAAUAGUUUUUUUUUUUUUUUUGGUUGAUAUUAAUGUUGGAUGUUUUAGCUACUUUGUAACCCAUUCAAUUGUUGUUACAUGGUUGAAAUAAUGCAUUAAUAAGAAUUUGUAUUCUCUUCUGUUUACUUUUGAAUUA